AUGAGUCGAACGAAAUCUUUACCUCGUCUGCUCGACCUCUUGCAUCCCCGGACGGAUCAUCUAGUUCCUCGAGACUAUGUGUCCACCCGUUCCGAGGCGUUACGCUUCCGCACGCGUGUAGAUCAUUUCAAUGUGCAAAAUAGGGCCACCUUCGAAUUUGAUUACCUAUCGAACGAUGAGUUCUACCGACCGGGAGGAUCUAUCUUCAUCGUCGUCGGUGGAAAUUCUGUUAUCAAUGGGUACUUCAUUGAGAAUGGGUUGUUCCACGAUAUUGCCCGGAGGGAGGGUGCUUGGCUGUUCAGCAACGAGCAUCGAUACUACGGGCGUAGUGCCCCGGUUGAGGACUACUCUUCUCCGAAUAUGCGCUUCCUGACCGUCGAGCAGGCUCUAAUUGAUUUGAUCGAGUGGAUCUACUAUCUGCGCACCGAGGUGGUACGCGAUCCGAACGCCAAGGUUAUUUUGCAUGGACUCGGAUAUGGUGGAGCGGUUGCGAUCUGGGCGCGCCAACGUUUCCCAAAUCUUAUCGAUGGUGCCUAUGGCUCAACGGCAUCCGUUAUCGCACGGGUUGACUUCAAUGAGUACGGUGAGGAUAUGGGAAACACCAUCCGCACUUUCGGUAACGACGACUGCUUCGGUGUUAUCUGGCGCGGGUUCCGUACGGCCGAGAAUCUGGUGGACGCUGGUCUAUACGAUCGUAUUUCAGAGAUGUUCCGAUCGUGCGAGCCACUGCAAGGGUCCGAUCCACUCUCGGUGGAGACGUUCUUCUUCUCCCUCAAGGGAUCGCUGGAGGCGGAAAUGUUCGGUCAGGCGACCUAUGAAUCGGUAACACGCUUGUGCGCUGAGUUGGAGGCUGACCCGGCCGAAACGGCUCUAGAAGUGCUGGCGAACUUCUUCGAGCGCCGUUAUGGUGCAUUUGAUUGUGUUCCGUAUGAUUUCGAGAGCAACAUUGAGAGUGCCCUCUACGAGGAAGUAGGCGUCCCAACGAAUGCCGAAUUUGGUAUUCGUCAAAGGCUGUACCAAUUGUGCACCGAAUUCGGCUGGUUCCUGACGUCGUCAACUGGUGAUAGUCCAUUCGGAACGCGCAUCACGUAUCGAUAUUUUAUUGACACGUGUCGGGCGGUAUUCGGUGACUGGAUAACUCAGGAUAUUGUCUACGAAGGUGUCCGCUUGACCAACCUACAUUUCGGAGCGGAUGAUCCCCGUGUAACAAAUGUUGUGUUCGUGAAUGCAGAGUUUGACCCAACCCGGUUUGUUUCGAUCACCAACUACACGAACACUUUUGCGAACGCAUUCGUCAUCGACCGGGCAGUCGUCGCUCUGGACUGGUUGGCUCCGACCGUUAAUGAUCCGGAAGCAAUACAGCGUAUUCAGCGAGAAAUUGAAUACUACAUAAACCUGUGGGUCACGGAUGGGUUUGGUCCUCGAUCGGAUUAG